UCACAAUCGUAAGUGCCCUUCCCAAACAAGUGAACUGCUGAAGUGAACUUAUGAGUUUGUGUCAUAGUUAUUUUAGAUAUAAUCCUCGUCCAAAGUAGCACACACAUGACUUUCGAUGCGUACUAACUGUUACAUGCUGGGCCUUUCCUUUACGAACAUCUUUGAGGAUAGUUUUACAAACUUCAGAGACUGAUCACUUUACAGAAUGAGUUUGGCGGAGAUCAAUGAGAAUGUGAAGCUGGCUCGAGAAUACGCCCUGCUGGGGAACUACAGCUCUGCAGUGGUCUGUUAUCAGGGAGUCCUGGAGCAGAUCAGAAAAUAUCUCUACUCGGUCAGAGACACCUCUCUACAGCAGAAAUGGCAGCAGGUUUGGCAGGAGAUAAAUGAGGAAACUAAGCAAGUACGAGAGAUCAUGGCAACACUUGAGAGCUUCCAGCUGGAGUCAACGCCAUCCAAACCUAGCAGUUUUGGCCAGGAGAAUGACAUUAUGCCUGUACACGUGGAGCACAGGCCGUCCCCAUGUGUAGCACGGAAAUCCGCCGGCCCGCAUAAAGACAGCAAAGGCCACGGGAACCGAUUGAGCGCCGGCCCCCGCAACCAACCGCGACCCUCACCGCGUGUUGUCAACGGUGAGAAAGGAAAACCUCAGAAAGGCAAAGAGAAGAAAGAAAACCCAUCCAAGCCAAAAGAUGAUAAGAACAAAGCGGAAGGCGUGGAGACGGAGGUGAAGAGGUUUGACAGAGGAGGAGAGGACAAAGAUUUGAUUGAAACUCUGGAGAGAGACAUCAUCUCCCAAAACCCUAAUGUCACGUGGGAUGACAUUGCUGACCUUGAGGAAGCUAAGAAGCUUUUGAAGGAAGCUGUGGUUCUGCCCAUGUGGAUGCCUGAGUUCUUUAAAGGAAUAAGGCGCCCGUGGAAGGGCGUGUUGAUGGUGGGUCCGCCAGGCACAGGAAAGACAUUACUGGCCAAAGCUGUUGCCACUGAGUGCCGUACAACCUUCUUCAACGUGUCUUCCUCCACCCUCACCUCCAAAUACAGAGGGGAGUCUGAAAAACUUGUGCGGCUGCUGUUUGAAAUGGCACGUUUUUAUGCCCCCACCACCAUCUUCAUUGAUGAGAUAGACUCCAUAUGCAGCCGUAGAGGAAACUCAGAGGAGCAUGAAGCCAGCAGACGCGUCAAAGCUGAACUACUCGUCCAGAUGGAUGGUGUUGGUGGGACAUCUGAAAAUGACCCUUCAAAAAUGGUCAUGGUUCUGGCAGCCACCAACUUCCCAUGGGACAUCGAUGAAGCUCUGAGACGCAGGCUAGAGAAAAGAAUUUACAUCCCACUACCCUCAGCUAAAGGAAGAGUGGAGUUACUCAAGAUCAAUCUGAAAGAGCUGGAGCUGGCUAAUGAUGUCAACAUGGACAAGAUCGCUGAGCAGAUGGAGGGAUACUCUGGUGCUGACAUCACCAACGUUUGCAGAGAUGCAUCCCUGAUGGCAAUGAGAAGGCGGAUUGAGGGUUUGACCCCUGAGGAGAUACGAAACUUGUCAAAAGAUGAGAUGCACAUGCCCACUACAAUGGAGGACUUUGAGACAGCACUCAAGAAAGUCUCCAAGUCUGUAUCUGCUGCUGACCUAGAAAAAUAUGACAAGUGGAUAGCAGAGUUUGGCUCCUGUUGAUGAUGCCAAAGAACCUCAAACAGUCGCCGUUAGCACUUUGUUAGACUGCGUGCCAGUUUCACUAAAUCUCGGAGCAUUUCCACCCAGGACCAGACUGAUUUCAAAGAGUGAUAAAUCUUGCCUUACAUAAGGUUUGUAUGAGUACAGAUUUAUAGUAGUUGUUUAAUAUUUAAUAGUAAUAGGUUUUACAUCUACAGGACUUCACUUUCAGAACUGAUUAGCUGGAUGCAGGUUAAGAAGUUCACUCACGUUAAAAUGAAAUGUAAGAAUGAAGGCUAAACUAAGUAUCCAGUAAAUCCAGAGAUCUGGAAUCUGAAAAACUAUUAUAACAGCCCUAUGAUGUUGCCUUACGAUAGUGUGGACAAACAACACUGAGGUUGUAGACACAGGAAUGGGCUGCUUUAUCUUUACUUGUAAAAUCACUGCCAAUGACCAAAGACCAGCAAAUCCUAUUUUCUGUUGUCUCCAAAUGCUGCUUUAGAUUAAAAAAAAAAAAAAAGCAAGCUAAUAGGGUUACUGCUUCUGUGCCACUGUGGUUGAUUUAAAGGCCAAAGUUUCCAGCGUUGGACAAUUGUCUUAAUGAUAAGACUAGUGUCUUAAAGGUGUGUUCAGCACUUGACUUUUAUAAAAGCUAUGGAACCGGUUUCUGGUUUUUCAUUAGUGACAUUCCACUGCCAUGAUCAAUUUGUAAAAUUAUGUAUUUUGUUGAAUAAAUAUUUU